AGGGGGGAGAGUGGGGGCGGGAAAGGGUGUCCCCUCCGCGCCGUUAAAAUGAAACUCUAGUGGCUGGAGUCAGGGCAGAGCGUGAGGGGAGCCGGUACCGGCUGGGCUGCUUACGCCCCGGCGGGAGCGCCCAGCCGAGCCGAGCCGAGCCGGAGUCUUCGACGGGUCCCGAUCCUGGGGCUGCGGCAACUUGGGUUCGGAUCCCGACCGGAACGGAGCCCGAGUCCUGGCCCCUGAGGGAGUCGCUCUCUGCAGACCAGUGGGACCCCGAAACUUGAACGCAAUCCCCAACCCCCUUUUGAUGACUUCCUUUGUCACUUCCCCAGCUUUCUCCCAACGUGUUCUUUUUUUUCCCUUUUAUUCUCCCUCCUCCGAAGGACACAAAAGUGGCUUCCGCGGAAAGAUUUGGAGGUGGUGGGAGCUUUUCGGAGAGCGACUGUGUAGAAAGGAUUUUUGGGAAGCCGCUUUUUGGCACCUCUGCCCUCCGCUCCCCAAGCCUCUCUGUACCGUGUAGCUAGAAAGUUCGAGGGGCAUUUUUCUGGGUGCUGUGGGAGAGAGGAGGACCCUGUCCUUGUCCUGGUAGUUGGCUGGACUUGUACCGGCCGUUGGAAACCCCGAAGUACAUUUCCGUUUGGAACUUUUACAGAUAAAUAUUUUUAGAUUUUUAAAUACCAGAUAAAAAGUAUAUAUGCUUUCUAUAUAUUUCCUGACGACCUGCCCCUGACAGCGCGAUGUACAAUACAGUGUGGAGUAUGGACCGCGAUGACGCAGACUGGAGGGAGGUGAUGAUGCCCUACUCGACAGAACUGAUAUUUUAUAUUGAAAUGGAUCCUCCAGCUCUUCCACCAAAGCCACCUAAGCCAAUGACUUCAGCAGUUACAAAUGGAAUGAAGGACAGUUCUGUUUCUCUUCAGGAUGCAGAAUGGUACUGGGGGGAUAUUUCAAGGGAGGAGGUAAAUGACAAAUUGCGGGACAUGCCAGAUGGUACCUUCUUAGUCCGGGAUGCCUCAACAAAAAUGCAGGGAGAUUAUACUUUGACUUUGAGGAAAGGAGGCAAUAAUAAAUUAAUAAAGAUCUAUCAUCGGGAUGGUAAAUAUGGCUUUUCUGAUCCUCUGACAUUUAAUUCUGUGGUGGAGCUCAUUAAUCACUAUCAUCAUGAAUCUCUUGCUCAGUACAAUCCCAAACUUGAUGUGAAGCUGAUGUACCCGGUGUCCAGAUACCAACAGGAUCAGUUGGUAAAAGAAGAUAACAUUGAUGCAGUAGGUAAAAAACUGCAAGAGUACCACUCUCAGUAUCAGGAAAAGAGUAAAGAAUAUGAUAGGCUAUAUGAAGAAUAUACCAGAACAUCCCAGGAAAUACAGAUGAAGAGAACUGCAAUUGAAGCUUUUAAUGAAACAAUUAAAAUAUUUGAGGAGCAAUGUCACACACAAGAAAAACAUAGCAAAGAAUAUAUUGAACGAUUUCGCAGAGAGGGGAAUGAAAAAGAGAUUGAACGAAUUAUGAUGAAUUAUGAUAAAUUGAAAUCACGUCUGGGAGAGAUUCAUGAUAGCAAAAUGCGUCUAGAGCAGGAUUUGAAGAAACAAGCUUUGGACAACCGAGAAAUAGACAAAAAGAUGAAUAGUAUCAAACCCGACCUGAUCCAGCUGCGCAAGAUCCGAGAUCAGCACCUUGUAUGGCUCAAUCACAAAGGAGUGAGACAGAAGCGCCUGAAUGCCUGGCUGGGAAUUAAGAAUGAGGAUGCUGAUGAGAACUAUUUUCUCAAUGAGGAAGAUGAAAAUCUGCCCCAUUAUGAUGAGAAAACCUGGUUUGUUGAGGACAUCAAUCGAGUACAAGCAGAGGACUUGCUUUAUGGGAAACCUGAUGGUGCAUUCUUAAUUCGUGAGAGUAGCAAGAAAGGAUGCUAUGCUUGUUCUGUGGUUGCCGAUGGAGAAGUGAAGCACUGUGUGAUCUACAGCACUGCUCGGGGCUAUGGCUUUGCAGAGCCCUACAACCUGUACAGCUCACUGAAGGAGCUGGUGCUCCACUACCAGCAGACAUCCCUGGUUCAGCACAACGACUCCCUCAACGUCAGGCUUGCCUACCCUGUCCAUGCACAGAUGCCCUCACUCUGCAGAUAAAGAGGAAGUGGGAGGAGAGGUGGCUCUCUGGCAUUUUUUUCUACAGUUUUUAUUAGACUACGAUGAGGGCAUUCUUGCUACGUAGACUGCUUGUUUUGCACAAGAAGUGGUUCUGUGAAUGUGAAGCGGAGGCCGAGCAGCAGCCGGCCAGGUUGGAGCAUCGGGGCCUGUGGCUCUCUGGGACUCAGCUGUGCCACUGCACUGACAUACUAAGCUGGAAACAGAUGUUUUUUGGAAAGUCUAUUUCAUUGGGGUUUUUGUUUUGUUUAGAUAAGCACCCUCAACAGAACGUAUUAGGCUUGAUGGGGGUUGGGUAAGGAGUUUUAUUUUGAACCCUCGGAAGAGUCCACGUCUUCUUUUGGUCUUUAACUCUGAGGAUGCAGCAGGGGCAUGACUCUUGGGAAUUGUUUUGCUCUGGCAGCCUUUCUUCCGCCCACAAAGAAGGCUGUUUGGUUCUGUGGUAGAAUGAGGUAUGAUGAAAAAGACAACCAAAGGAAAAUGGGGGGGGCUUGGAAUUUCAUGUAAAGUAUCUAAGCCGAGAUGGUAAAAAGAACUUCAGCUCAAGGUACUUUUUUCUUAACUAAUAUAAUUUAGGCUUCAGCAUCUCACUAGCUCCUCCCUCUAAAGAAGCAUUAUGUUUAGAAACAAUGUUGCUAGACCAAGAUCUGAUGGGAGAAGGCGGCACUAGCAGCUGAAUGUACACUUUUGCUCCAAAACUUGAAAAUAAAAAGAUAACUAGAAUUUGUGAGUUUUAGUGAACACUAAAAUUGAUCAGUGUAACCCCUUCUUAUUUCUCAGAGAUAAGAAAUAGCAUUUGUUUUGUGGGAUGGUGAGCUUUGAAUCAUAAAAUGAUGUUGGUGCUUGUGUGGUGUGUCCUUAACCUAAAGAAUGAUCUGUUGUUUGAAAUCUUUGUAACUUGUUUGUAUGAGUAAAGAAAAGGUGCAAUCCA